CGACGCUUUUUUGUGACGGGCGCGUGAACACGCGGUGCAAUGUUCAAAAAGUUGUCGCGGAGCGACGCCCUCGAGGACAUAUCCAAUUGGAGCAUCAAUGAUGUGUUGUGCCUGCUCCGAAAGAACGGUCUGGAGGAAUGUUGCAAAACCAUUACAAAACGACAGAUCGAUGGGGACGAGUUACUGCACUUGACGGAAGGGAAGCUGGCGCUGUGGAAGAGUGAUCUCACGCGUCCAUUGAUAUGGAACCUCUGGACGUUCGUGGAGGAGGUGAGGAGAAGCCCGGAGAAAUUCGUCGAGGAGAAGAUCCUCGAGUCUCAAACGAUCGAAGAUCACCUGAGCGACACCGACUCCUGGGGAACGGACUUCGAAGAUGAAGUGAACGAGGAGAGUAGCUUACCAGAGACACAGAAGCCUGGCCAAUUGAAUUUCGAUUCGAAAAGUAAUCAUCAAGCUUCGGAAAAUAAUGUCGAGUUCAAGCAACGAGUUGCAAGAGCGGAGGAAGUCUCGAGACAGCACGAAGAAGGGACUUACGCGAAUUCUGGUUUAAUGCAGAACGACGAGAACACGUAUGCUAAUUGUCAAGAGUCGAAAUCUGUGCCAUUGAAAAAUACGUCUAAAUUAUACGGUCAAAGUGAGAAAUCGUUGACGGAGCAGCUUAAGGAGCAGCUGAAAUUUAGGAACACGAAGAAACCGAUGGCUGGUCCCAAACCUGAGUUUCUCCAAGCGAGAACAGUAGAGAUGACAGCGUCCAAUUGUGCUUUACCACGAAAAUCCUUUCUGUACAACGCCUUGCAGGCGAAACCUCAAGCUCCUAGUCAGAUACAAAAGAGAAUGAUGGUACCACCACCACCGGAGCCAAAAAGGAACAAAGAUCCACCGGUGAUCAUUAAAAAGUCGAACAAAGAUCAGACAAAGCCUUCUGCAACGCUCAGAAGUUUAGAUUUGGUUGCUAAUUUGCCUACGAGAACCGAGGAGAGCGAAGACGAGUACGAAGCGUUCGAUGAACAAAUUAUCGAACAAAAUCAGAAGAAGAAUAUAUGGAGGGUGGAUAGCAAGCAAUCGUUGAUCAGUGGCCAUCAGAGUUCCGCGGAGAGUGUCUAUCAACCGCCUAGCGUUACCAGCUACGAGGAGGAGGAUGAACCCUAUGAAAUUUAUGAAUCAAUCACGGAAACUCCACACGAUAGUGGGUACUAUUUAAAUCCUAUUCAAAGGAUGUCGCACAUAGAAGCACCCCCACCACUACCCGCAAAACCUUCUCAACGAUUCUCUACCCCCUCUCCAACGCCGAGUCGAAUGAGCUUGGAUAAAUCAAAGGAGAGAUCUCCUGAGAAGAAAUCAGCAACACUGCCUCACUCUCUCAGUAAUACUUCUUUGUCAUCUGAAAGAGCCACGAGACCAUUGCCACCACCACCUGAGAGACAAUCCUACAUAGACAAGUCUUGGUUUCACAAUGUUACCAGGCAACAAUCAACAAAUCUUAUCAAAGAACAAAGUACUUACGGCAACCCUCAAGAUGGAUAUUUUCUUCUGAGACCAUCCUCUACAAAUGUGAACAAUCCUCUGGUUCUGGUCCUCUGGUACAAGGACAGAGUGUGCAAUGUUCCAGUCAGAAAGAGGCCUGACAAUAGGUAUGCAUUAGGCUCGGCAAAAGCGAACGAACAGUCGUUCACUAAUGUUGAAGAAAUCGUGAUGUUCCACAAAAGGGAGGAAUUAGUGCUCCAUAGCGGAGGAGUGAAAAUAGGAAGCACGAAAUUGACCGAUUCACCGCCAAAAUAA